AUGGCCACGGAGAUAGACAGGAACUGCUCCAUCUGCCAAGACACUUGGAAGGACGUGGCUUCUGCUCUGCCCUGUCACCACCGUUUCUGCCUGGGCUGCAUCCUGCGAUGGGCUCAGAGAAAUCCAUCGUGCCCACUCUGCAGAAGGACGAUAGAGACUAUCAGGUUUUCUGACAGUGAAGACGACUAUCUGGAGACAGCCAUCGCAGCCCCCAAGGAGCUGCCAGAUGGCAGCAGCCUGGCAGGGACAGCUCCUGACAGCCUGGAUGAGAACAGCCCCUAUUUCCCUGUGGCAUCCCAUCCAUCUUCUCCACAGGGGACACUAUCCUCACCUGAGCAGAGGGCCUCAGGGCUGGAGUUUGGGGGUGGCCUUCUUCCUGAGGUCUGGGCAGGACUUUUCCGUGAACGGCAGCAGCUCCUGGACCCUGUGCGGCCUUGGCUGCGCCAGAGGCUGGAGGGAAUAUACCGGAGCUGGUGGUGGCUGGUUGAGGCCGCAGAGAGCACCAUUCUGCACGACCUCUGUGUCAAAGGGCCAAACACACAGGCCUUGAUUGAGGGGCUGGAGCCUCUCCUCGAGCAACACACAGCACUGCUGGUCCAUGGUGUUAUCAACAUCAUUGUGGGCCAGUGCAGCGAGGAGGCCCAGAGGCUGCUGCGGCGCUCUGGUGCAGUCAGAGACGAGGACAACAGCCCUGUGGCCAGAGCCAGCUCCAGCUCCAGAAGCUUCAGCUCCAACUGCUCCUGGGAGGGGUCUCCUGCCAGUGGCCCUGCAGGACCCAGUCUGAAGGCAGAGGCUGGUACGUCAAAGGCCACCCUACGCAGGGGUCCCAGGCACCCCCCUCCUGUGCCUGUCCCUGCAGAGCAGAACCAGCCUCAAGAGGAGCUGGGACAGGCAAUGAUGGUGGCAGGUCCCUCUGCCCACGGUGGCAGCCGCUGCCAGUCCAGUCUCGUCCUGAGCAGCAAUCAAUAUCCCAGUACACCCGGGCACCCCCCAAAUAGAAAGGCCCCCAGCCCCAGGACUCUCCCCAGCUCUGCAAGAGGCCACUCUUCUGGCAGCAAUAGCAGGGCUCCUGCAACCCUUUAUUCAAAGAAAAGGAAAUAA